CCUGACUGGAGUGAACAAACAACAGCAGGGAUACGAACAGGCUGCGACGGCCUGACAUCAAGAUGCCCCUCCAAAACUUUUCUAUUCAUCGAAUCAGAGGCAAUGGCAGACGAUAUGUGUGUUCCCUGUGUUUCUAGACCAUUGUUUGCCUACUGGAUGCUUGUUAUUGCCAGGCCGCAUCACGUCAGAGUUUGUGGAGAAAGAGUGAACAUGGGGUAUAUUACAGUCGAGUUUCUCUCACCUUGAAAGCUCUAUACCAACUUGCUUUGAAACCUCCAGCUUCGUCUACACUCAACCUCAACUACUUUCAACCUUCUACAACACAUUUAAAAAUGGCCUCCAGCAACCCAGCCAACUUCGCCAACCUUCCCAAAGAUGAGCUGAAGGAGAUCGCAUCCAAGGGCGGUCACGCAUCUCAAAGUGAUCACCACGAGUUCGGCAACUCCGACCGCCCGGACCGCAACCCAGACGGCACCUUCACCAAGGGCUCAGAGCUCGCGAAGGAGCUGGGCGCUCAGGGCGGUCAUGCUGCUCACCACGACAUUACCGGCGGCGCCAACAGCAACGACAGCGGUCGCAAUCCCGACGGCACCUUCAAGGCCGGAAGCCAGCUCGCUCACGAUCUCGGCGUCAAGGGCGGGCAUGCUUCCCACGAGCACGGUGGCAGCAGCGAUGACAACGGCCGAAACCCUGACGGUACCUUCAAGGCUGGCAGCAAGCUCGCUCACGACUUGGGUGUCCAGGGCGGACAUGCCUCCCACACUCAUUAGCAGUAAGACACUUGCGACGCGGGGCUGGAUCUAGUAAGUAAGGGCUUUGCCGAUGGACGUAAAACAGUAAUGAUGUAACGAACGAAUGAAGAAUGCAACAAGUGCAGCUCAGACUGCGCUGCCGGGCGAAAUCUUUACUCAUGGAUA